CCCUCAGGUACCCAAUUCCCUUCCACAACUUCACAAACACCACAACCCCCUCACUAACCACGCAACAAAACAACACACCAACACCAACCCCCCAAAAAGACGAACAGAGAAAAAAGAAAAGAAACCCAAAAAUGACAAUCCGCAAAACCCCCACUGGCACCCUCACCCUCCCCCCGGCCGGCUUACCCUCCCGCAACCCCUCCACCCCCUACUGGUUGCGGGACCCCUCGCCCACGCUCCUCGGCCACCGCGGCACGCCUGACCUACCCGAAACCGCCGACGUUGUGAUUGUGGGCAGCGGUAUCACGGGGGCGUUCGCUGCGCGGUUUUUGAAGGAGGGCGGUGCGGGUGCGGGUGCGGGUGGUGAGGGGAGUGGUGGUGGGGGGAGUGUGGUUAUGUUGGAGGCGAGGGAGGCUUGUUCGGGUGCUACUGGGCGGAAUGGAGGGCACUGCCAGCCGUUGGUGUACGGUUCGGUGCCGGCUGUGGCGGAGUUUGAGUUGGAGGUGUUUGAGUUUCUGGAGAGGUUUGUGAGGGAAGAGCAGGUGGAUUGUGAUUGGGCGAGCCUCACCGGCGUACACGCCUUCCUUUCCAAGGACAUGUUUGAGCUCGCGGCAGCCGACGCACAGAAACUGCAACAAACCCAUCCCGAACUUGCCGCCCAACUCGAGGUAAUCCGCCCCUUGGACUCAUCCUCCACUACAGAGGAGAAGCAAACCCUCGCCUCCCUCCGCGUCCCGUCCGCCGAGGGCGUGGUCAUCCAGAAGAAAGCCGCCUCUCUUUGGCCCUACAAGCUCGUCGCCGCCAUCCUCGAGCGCCUCAUCACCAGCCACCCGGCCCCAAGCUUCAACCUCCAAACCAACACCCCCGUCACCUCCCUUUCCCGCGCCGAAUCCGCCCCCGGCUGGACCCUCACCACCCCCCGCGGCAAGAUCACCGCCCGCCAGGUGCUGCUCGCCACAAACGGCUACACCUCACACCUCCUGCCCGCCUUCUCCGACCUGAUCGUACCCGUGCGCGGGCAGAUCGGCGCCCUCCUACCCCCUCAACACCAACCAGCGGAGCAGCCCAACCCAUCCCCCCACCCACCCGCAAAACCCGCAAAACUAACGCACUCGUACGCCUUCGCCGCCGGCCCGGACCCUACCACCGCCGCCGCGCUCGCCGCGCCCCGCGACGACUAUCUCGUCCAGCGGCCGCUCCCGACGGGCGAGCUGAUCUACGGCGGCGGGCGGCGGCUGGCGCGCGGUCUCGGCGUCGGCGAGUGGCGCGAUGACGAGGUCGAGGCGGAUGUGGCGCGCUAUCUGAGGCGGGAGCUGUGUCCGCCGUUGGAUCUCACGCCGGAUCUGGGUGUGGAUGUGGGUGGGGAUGGGGAUGGGCAGGGGGGUGGGGAGACGGUAGGGGGGGAAGGUGGGGAGGAGUUGGAGGCGUCGUUUGAGUGGACCGGCGUGAUGGGCUAUAGUAGGGACCAUCAUGCCUGGGUCGGGGCGGUGCCCGAGAGUCUGGGCGGCGGAGGGCCCGAGGGGGGACUGUGGGUUUGUGCUGGGUAUACGGGGCAUGGGAUGCCGGCUGCGGCGCUGUCUGCGCGGGAGGUGGUGAGGCAGAUGACGGCGGGCGUGGAAGGGGCGGUGCGGGAGGGUCAGGUGAGGUUUCCUAAGGAGUUUGUGCUGGAUGAGGAGAGGGUGGUGACGGCGAGGGGACUGCCUCAUUUGACGCAGGGCUGGGAGGCUACGAACCUUGCGACGCUGAUGGGGUGAUCCAAACCCGCACAAUGGUGGGAAGGGGGUGUGAAAGCGGAGCUGAGUUUGGGGGCUGUGGAUUCUAUCGUGUGGGUGUUGGGCGUGUUCAGGCUCGAUCAGGCUGGUAAGGACCCGACUGCCAUGGCACAUCUGGCUCAGCAGACCAAUACGUACAUGGAUAUGGCUAUCGAGGCAUAUUUACGCACUAGUAGUUCCACAGAUAGGGUUCCAAGAGCUCUACCUACACUACUACGUGUAGAGAAAUCGAACAGCAUUCAAGUAUUAUUGAAUGCUAGGACUCCUUUUGGGGCACCCUUCGCCCAUACUAGCCACAUGUCAAAACGGAGGUCACGACGACGUGUGUUGUAUAGGCGAUAAAGGUGUUAUAAACGUCUGCUUUCCACUGGAGAUGAAAGCUGUUCGGUGUCCGGAUGGUACAAGUAAUUCUGAUGAAGACUGGCCAGUCGGUGUUGCCG